GGAUCCCACGUGGAAUGGUGUAAACAGCUGAUAGCUGCAACCAUUUCUAGUCAGAUUUCAGGGUCUGUCCCAUCAGAAAGUGUGUCCAGAGACUACAGGGAGAUUCAGGAUGGACACAAUGGCUAUCAUUCUGAAGCAGAACCUGAUCAGGCACUGCGGGAUGGAAACAAACUAGCACAGAUGGAAGAGGCUCCACUUUUUCCUGGAGAAUCAAUCAAAGUUAUUGCUAAAGAUGUUAUGUAUAUCUGUCCAUUUAUGGGAGCAGUCAGUGGUACGCUAACAGUGACGGAUUUCAGAAUGUAUAUCAAAAGUGUUGAAAGGGAUCCACCUUUCGUUAUUGAUGUUCCCCUUGGAGUCAUAAGUAGAGUUGAAAAAAUUGGAGUACAGAGCCACGGAGACAAUUCAUGUGGUAUAGAAAUAGUUUGCAAGGAUAUGAGAAACUUGCGGCUGGCCUAUAAACAGGAAGAGCAGAACAGAUUAGAGAUUUUUGAAAACCUUGUUACACGCGCAUUUCCUGUUUCUAAUGGGCUGCCUCUUUUUGCAUUCAGCUAUAAAGAAAAGUUUGCUGUUAAUGGCUGGAAAGUGUACGAUCCAAUGGCAGAAUAUAAGAGGCAGGGCUUGCCCAAUGAGAGUUGGAAAAUAUCCAAAAUUAACAGCACCUAUGAGCUUUGUGAUACAUAUCCUGCUAUUCUUGUUGUGCCAACCAGCGUAAAGGAUGAUGACCUCUCAAAAGUGGCAGCGUUUAGAGCAAAAGGCAGAGUUCCAGUGUUAUCCUGGAUUCAUCCUGAGAGCCAAGCAACAAUAACACGAUGCAGUCAGCCAUCCGUAGGCCCAAAUGAUAAGCGUUGUAAAGAAGAUGAAAAAUAUUUGCAGACAAUAAUGGAUGCCAAUGCUCAGUCACAUAAACUUACCAUCUUUGAUGCCAGACAGAAUAGUGUUGCAGAUACAAACAAGGCAAAAGGAGGAGGAUAUGAAAGUGAAAGUGCCUACCCAAAUGCAGAGCUGGUCUUUCUGGAAAUUCAUAAUAUACACGUAAUGAGAGAAUCCCUGCGAAAACUUAAAGAAAUAGUUUAUCCUACUAUUGAUGAGACUCGGUGGUUAUCAAAUGUGGACUCCACACAUUGGCUGGAAUAUAUAAGGAUGCUUCUUGCCGGAGCAGUAAGAAUUGCGGAUAAAAUUGAAUCUGGGAAAACAUCUGUAGUGGUACAUUGCAGUGAUGGUUGGGAUCGAACUGCACAGCUUACUGCGCUAGCUAUGCUUAUGCUGGACAGCUAUUACAGAACUAUCAAGGGGUUUGAAGUUCUUAUAGAGAAAGAAUGGAUAAGUUUUGGACACCGAUUUGCAAUGCGAGUAGGACAUGGAGAUGAUGAUCAUGCUGAUGCAGACAGAUCUCCCAUUUUCCUUCAGUUCAUCGACUGUGUUUGGCAAAUGACAAAGCAGUUUCCUGCAGCCUUUGAAUUCAAUGAGUUAUUUUUGAUCACCAUUCUGGAUCACCUUUACAGUUGUCUCUUUGGGACUUUCUUAUGCAACUGUGAAAAAGAGAGGUUAAAAGAGGAGGUAAGCACAAAGACUGUAUCGCUGUGGUCCUAUAUAAACAGCCAGUUAGAUGAGUUCACAAACCCUUUCUACGUAAACUAUGAAAACCAUGUCCUGUAUCCUGUUGCCAGUCUGAACCAUUUGGAACUAUGGGUGAACUACUACGUCAGAUGGAACCCAAGGAUGCGGCCUCAGGUCCCAAUCCAUCAAAAUCUUAAAGAGCUCCUCGCCAUCCGGACAGAGCUUCAGAAGAAGGUUGAAGAUUUGCAGCGGGAAGCUGCUACACGAUCCAUUUCUUCCUCCUCUGAUAGAGGUUCAUCUCCUUCCCAUUCAGCCACACCGGUGCACACCUCUGUGUGAUGUGUAACAAAAGCCAUGUGAAAAAAAAUGUGUCAGGUAAUACAGAGAGGAGGGUGAAAUGCUUUUCCCAUCACAAAAGGAUUGUGAGUGACUUGUAAUUGCUAUGAUCUACAUGCCUUACUCUGUGUCUGGUAUUAUCAUGAUGAGGCCAAAAAGAGCUUCAAUAGAUGUGAUGUAUUUUCUUGUUGGCAGUUCCCACGUGUGUUUUGACAUCUCUAGCUAAAUCACCAAUUGUGAAAUUAAACUUUGUUUUGAGCAACUAACAAUUUAACCAUCCUAAAAAGGAAUCCAUCUGCCAAGCAGACAGGAAAAUGCCUCUCACACUGCCUAGGGUACCAUGCCUGGUUGAGAGAAUCGGAUUAAAUGCCACAUGAUGCUUACACAGAACACAGAACGUUUUUCUGAAUGGGAGCUCCUUAUUUCACUCAAUAAUAUAUAUAUAUUUUU